ACACCUUUAUUCCACACAUCUUGGUCAAUACUAAACCUUUGAUAUCGUAAAUUGAUUAGUUGAAGUGCUUCUGAUUGUUCAGUAUACGGGUUUCGCGUUUUUCUUUAGUUGGAAUCAAAAGUAUGGAAUUUAGUAAUAAAGUUAUCGUAAUCACCGGUGCUUCAUCCGGUGUUGGGGAAGGGACAGCUAAGUAUUUAGCGAAACUGGGCGCAGAUUUGGUAUUGACUGGACGUAAUAUAGAGAAUUUGGAAAAAGUUGGAACUGCUUGUGAAGAUCUUUCGACGAAGAAGCCGCUGCUUUUGAUAGCUGAUGUCUGUAAAGAGGAAGACAAUAAGCGCGUAAUUGAGGAGACAAUCGAGAAGUUUGGGAAAUUGGAUGUUUUGAUAAAUAACGCAGGAAUUAUAGCUAAUGGUUCGAUUGAAAAUACAAGCCUGGCACAAUAUGAUGAGGUGAUGAACACUAAUGUCAAGGCGGUAUAUCACCUGACGAUGUUAGCGGUGCCGCAUCUCAUCAAGAGCAAGGGCAAUAUUGUAAAUUUGAGUAGUGUCGCCGGAAAUAGGUCAUUCCCGGGGAUUUUGGCAUAUUCGUUGUCUAAGGCCGCUAUUGAUCAAUUCACGCGAUGCACUGCGUUGGAAUUGGCAUCGAAGCUGGUGCGCGUGAACGCUGUCAAUCCUGGAGUUAUUGUUACGGAUAUUCACAAGCGAGGUGGAAUGGAUGAAGAAUCUUAUGCAGCAUUUCUGGAAAAGUGUAAACAAACACAUGCUUUGGGUCGUCCAGGUCAGCCGGAAGAAGUUGCUUCUACGAUAGCAUUUUUAGCAUCAGAUGCGGCCAGUUUCAUUACCGGUGUGACAUUAAAUGUUGACGGCGGACGCCAUGCAAUGUGUCCAAGAUAAAUGUGUAUUGGAAUGUUCGUUUACGUGCCUUAAUAAACGAUAGGAAUCUGUGUUGUAAACUGUUCUUUAUUUAAAAAAAGCUUGCAUAAGGACAUAAGAAAAUAAAAUUAUGUUAUUUUGCAUGUUGUAAAA